UGGCAGUAUGAAUUGUAGCUAUAUUCAGAUGGUUGCAGCUUGCCUGUGCUUGCUGGCAACGGCUAGUCUUGGGGCAGAGUCUGAUAAAAAAGUAAAAAAGUUACAGAUUGGUGUAAAGAAGAGAGUUGAACCAGACCAGUGCAAAAUAAAAUCCAAGAAGGGAGAUACUCUUCACAUGCACUAUACAGGUAAACUGGAAGACGGAACAGAGUUUGACAGUAGUAUUCCAAGGGGGCAGCCAUUUGUUUUCACGCUUGGCUCAGGGCAAGUGAUAAAAGGAUGGGAUCAAGGUCUUCUUGGAAUGUGUGAAGGAGAGAAAAGGAAGCUAGUUAUACCAUCAGACCUUGGAUAUGGAGCCAGGGGAGCACCACCAAAGAUCCCAGCUGAUGCUACACUGGUAUUUGAAGUGGAACUCCUGAAAGUUGAGAGGAAGGAAGAACUUUAAUACACAGAAUAUGCGGCCAAAAGGCAUACAUAACUAUGUAUAUCAGUAAAGAAGUAGAUAUUAAAUAAUUUGUGUCUUUCACCACAAAUAACAUUCCUUUCAUGCAAAUUGUUCUGUUUGGUUUUGUUAAAUGUUAAGUUUCUGUCCAGUCAUUUCCUCAUAACUUCACUGUGUAGAUAAUAAAUCACUGCUUAAGUACAUGUCAGAAGUAGUUUUUUGAAAAGAAAAGUUAUCAUGUGAGAUAAAGGCCAUCCAGAAUAGAAGAUCCAAGUAUCAACUGGUCCAAGGCUCAAAUAUGUCGUGGGGAGGCCUGUGAAAGGUGGAGAGACCAUUACAGGAUUA